AUGCAGAGAACUGAUCUCAACGUGAAAAUGGUGCAAUUAACAUUCAAAGAAUUUAAGGAAAAAUACAAACGGAACGUGUUUGUGAUAGCGGCAAUCUUGAUCGAGCGCAACUUGCAGAACGUUGCCAACUAUCUGAUCCUGUCGCUCGCCGUCGCCGACCUGCUCGUCGCGUGCCUCGUCAUGCCGCUAGGUGCUGUUUACGAAGUGCGGCAGCGUUGGACCCUCGGGCCGGAGCUCUGUGAUAUGUGGACAUCAAGCGACGUCCUCUGCUGCACUGCAUCCAUUCUGCACUUAGUUGCUAUAGCCUUGGACAGAUAUUGGGCUGUGACGAACAUCGACUACAUCCAUCAAAGGACAAAGCGUCGUAUAAUGCUGAUGAUCCUGGCCGUGUGGAGCGUGUCCUUCCUGGUGUGCGUGGCACCGAUGCUCGGCUGGAAGGAUCCCGAUUGGCAGCGCAGGAUAUCCGAGGAUUUGAAAUGUCUAAUCAGCCAAGACGUCGGAUAUCAGGUGUUUGCGACGAUAUCAUCGUUUUAUUUGCCGCUUCUAGUCAUACUGAUAUUGUAUUGGAGGAUAUUUCAAACGGCGCGGAAGAGGAUACGACGAAGACAGCCAGCACCUUGA